AUGACAAAGGUAACAAGUUCUCCAGAUGUUCUUGAAUUAGAAGAAGUUCGCUCGCGAAAACUUCGCUCACCAAUUGAAGAUACUCAAUCUGCGAAGCUAUCUCAAACCUAUGAAAAUUCCGGAUUUGUGAAUGAUCGAACAGAUACGGGAAGUGGUGUUAUCAUCACUACAAAUUUACCUGAAAGUGAUAACAAAAAUGACAAUGGUCAUGCUGAUGAUGAUGAUGAUGACAAUGACGAUCAAAAGGAUAAUGUUGGAUUUGAAAAAUUAACAGGAGAUGGAGAUAAAGUUGGUUUAGUGGUAUUAAAAGUCCGCGAUAGAUUAGUUCGUUUGAUCGCAAAACGAAAAAAAAUUGUUGUUUAUGCAUUGAAAGUCCUAUGCUUAAUCGGCUUUAUUAUCUAUUUCGCUUUUGUGAACACGAAAAAAUAUGGAACUCCUGCUUUUCCGAUCGAUGGAAACAUUUUCUCGGGAAAUGCUGGAUUUGCAUUGUUUAUUCUCGUUGUUUUCGCAGUUUUUAUUGUCCUAUGGGAAAAAUUUCUCGGAAAUGCAGCGGAUCGUGCUCAUGAUUAUCUAAUUAAAUCAAUUCGAAGUACGAUCUCAGGGAGAAGAUUUAUCGAGUUACUCUAUCGAUUUUCUUGGGUUGGGCAUAUAUUAGUCUUCCUUGCGGUUGCACUUUAUAUUGGAUUGACGGUUCGACGAGGGUCGAACUAUGUGUCUUUAAUUGGUGUAUUUACAUUGAUUAUUCUCGGAACACUCGGUUCGAAAUAUCCUCAUCGAAUUCGAUGGCAGACGAUCUUCUAUUCUUUCAUAAUUCAAUUUCUCUUAGCAGCGAUUGUCAUUCGGCUUGAGGUUGGUUUUCAAUUUUUUGAUUUUCUCGGCAAAGAAGUCUCAAAAUUCAUCAGUAAUGCGGAGGCAGGAGCAGUGUUUGUCUUUGGCGAAAGUUAUGAAGAUCAUUUCUAUGUGUUCAAAGUAGGUGCAAUUCAGUUGGAAAUCUUUUUAUUCAUUGGUUUUUCACCUAAGGUCACUUCAAUUAUCAUCUUUCUCGGAUCAGUUAUCAAUAUGCUUUAUUAUUUGGGUGUUAUGCAAUAUGUCAUAGGAAAAAUUGCUUGGCUAAUGCAGAAAUGUUUAAAUACCACAGCAGCUGAAUCGAUGAAUGCCGCAGCGAAUAUUUUCGUCGGAAUGAGUGAGGCACCAUUGAUGAUCAUGCCAUUGGUACCAACAAUGACAACAUCAGAGCUUCAUGCAGUUCUUGUUGGAGGUUUUGCAACAAUGGCUGGAUCGGUUCUGGCUACGUUUAUCUUUUUCGGAGUUCCUGCCAAUCAUUUAAUUGCUGCUAGUGUAAUGGCGGCACCCGGUGCACUUGGAUUUGCCAAACUUUUGUUACCGGAAACUCACAAAUCAAAGACAUCAUGGGAAACUGUCAAGAAUGUCCCAUUGCCAGAUCAACAUAAUGUCAUCGAUGCAUUGAUGACUGGUGCUGGAAAUGCCUUGAAAAUUUGCGGUUAUUUAAUUGCUAAUCUAAUUGCUUUCAUUAGUGUUCUGCGUUUUCUUGAUGUUACAAUUGCAUGGUUCUUUUCACUUGUUCACUAUCCAGAAGUUAAUUUUCAGUAUAUAUUGGGUCUACUCUUCUAUCCAUUUGCUCUAAUUAUUGGCAUACCAUUGAAAGAUUGCCUGCUAGCUUCGAAAUUGAUUGGAAUCAAAGUCAGUUUAAACGAAUUCAUUGCUUAUCAAGAACUUGGUAAAAUUCGUGGUCUUCGUGACCAGUGGAUUGCAGAUAAUACAUUCCCAUUGUAUUUGAAUGGAACCAUUCCAUUACCUCCAAACACUCAAAUGUUAUGGAAUGAUAGCUCUGUCGUUAUUUUGACUUAUGCGCUGUGUGGAUUCGCUAAUUUUGGUUCAAUGGGUAUCGCUUUAGCUACACUAGGUGUGUUCGCACCACAACGUCGACGAGCGCUAAUUAAGAUUGCACCACGAGCUUUAAUCGGUGGCAACAUGGUUUCAUUGAUGACAGCAUCUAUCGCUGGACUGCUCUAUGAACCUCGUGCGGUAGUCGAAUCUGUGGAAAAAUUAAAUACAACAUUAUUUUCCUAA